AUGAAAGAGGAAAACAUGUGUCCGGACUCCCCCGAAGGCAGCCUGGUCACCAGCGAGGAGGAAGGCGAGCGGCUGCACAAGAAAUGUCUCCGCAAGCGCGGCCAGGGGGGCAAGCUGGCAGAGGACAGCGGCGCCCCCUCGCCGCAGGGCAAGCGGAGCAAGCGCAGCCCCGUCCCGCAGUCCUUCGAGGACGUGCACACGCAGCGCGUGAUCGCCAACGUGCGGGAACGCCAGCGGACCCAGUCGCUCAACGACGCCUUCGCGGAGCUGCGGAAGAUCAUCCCCACGCUGCCCUCCGACAAGCUGAGCAAGAUCCAAACCCUCAAGCUGGCCGCCCGCUACAUAGACUUCUUGUACCAGGUCCUGCAGAGCGAUGAGCUGGACCACAAGAUCACCAGCUGCAACUACCUGGCCCACGAGAGGCUCAGCUACGCCUUCUCCGUCUGGAGGAUGGAAGGGGCUUGGUCCAUGUCCGCAUCCCACUGA